CAAUAAUAACUGACGAAAGGGCCGAGAAGAUGAGAUUGUGUCCAAGCCUCUGCAAUAUACUGACGUGAAAAAAUGGAAAAUUCUAAAAUAAUUGUUGAAGGCGAAGCAUCUGAAUCGGAUGAAGAUGAGCUUUCUGGUCCAAAUGAAUCAUUAGAUCGUGAGACCACAGCCACUGCUGGCACAAGUAGAUUGACUGAAGAAAUCAGUCAAAAUGAUGGUGACAAGACAGGAAACACAAGUAGCAUAGUGUCUCACAAGGAUGGCGAAGUAUCAGUUAACACUGGUGUCAUAGUGUCUGGCGAGGCAUCAGAAAGUGAUGAAGAAUUUGAAAUUGUAACAAGUGAAGGCCAAAUCUUACCACUCAAUGUGAAUACAUCAGAGAAAGGGGACACGACUGACUUAACAUCACCACAAUCACCAUCAUUACCUUCACAGCAGAAGGAGGUAAAACCGAAAUAUAAUACACUUCUGAAUAGAAAAUUAAGAGAGAGAAAUAUAGCUUUAAGAAGGCAUAUUGUAGACACAAUACAUCAAAGUUAUACACAGGCUGCCACUGGUUUACAUAAUCUGACAAUUCAGCUUCAGAAGUCACAUAUAGCUAUCCAAGACGUGUCACACCAUAUGAGGAAUACAACAAAUGAUUUGUUCCAGUUAGAGGACAAGGUUGAUAUUGUUAGGAGCUGCAAUAUUUUACCAAACAUAACAUUGCCAGUGAAGCCUGUUGUUCCUGCAACUGUUCAGUCAUAGAGGAAGACAUAGUGAUGUUUAUGCAGUUCUGUGAUAAUUAUUUUGUGUACUCUAAUCUGAUAUAAUUUUUUUGUGUACUCUAAUCUAAUAUAUCAUCAACAAGAACAUUAUAUAAUAUUUGAAGUUGAUCUUAGUUAAUUGAGAAAUCUAUUGAUGCUUUAACUUUAUGUAUAUAAACAGUACUCUGUAAGCCCCCAUAAGUUGAAUGCAAGCUACUUUAGGACGUACUCCUGGCUUUGUUUUUGUCAAACAUUGUUUAAUAGAAAUAUUCUAAAAUCUCACAGGAGUGCAUUACCACUAGCUUCACUCAAAUCUAAACUUGAUACAUUGUACUUAUUUCUCAUAAAAAUUGACGAACUGCUUGUUGUAACUAAAUCUACCCAUACAACCAGUGUACAAUACAUCAAUGCCUUAUGAUCAUGGUUUUCACUGUUUGAUAUUUAAUCAGUACAUAUUUUUAACCAGGUUUUCCGAAGGAAAAAACUGGUUAUUAGAUUGAGGUAUGUCGGCGGGCGGACGGGCGGGGGGCGGGCGGGCGGGCGUAAACAAUUUCUUCUGUGCGCAACUCCUUCUACAUUUCUCAACGGAUUUUGACCAAACUUUCACAGAAGCAUUGUCAUCAAGUGCCCUGGCGCAUAUUGUCGGGGUUUUGCGAUUGGAUAAUAUUUGACCUAAUUAUGGCCCUUUGUUUUUUUUCCUUAUAUAGAAUAUAGUGUGAACAAUUUCUUCUUUGCGCAACUCCUCCUACAUUUCUCAAUGGAUUUUGACCAAACUUUCACAGAAGCUUUGUCAUCAAGUGCCCUGGCGCAUAUUGUCGGGGUUUUGCGAUUGGAUAAUAUUUGACCUAAUUAUGGCCCUUUGUUUUUUUUCCUUAUAAAGAAUAUAUAGUGAACAAUUUCUUCUGUGCGCAACUCCUCCUACAUUUCUCCACGGAUUUUGACCAAACUUUCACAGAACCUUUGUCACCAAUUGCCCUGGGGCAUAUUGUCGGGGUUUUGUGAUUGGAUAAUAUUUGACCUAAUUAUUGCCCUUUGUUUUUUUUUCCUUAUAUAAUAGAAUAUAGAUAGUGAACAAUUUCUUCUGUGCUGAACUCCCUCUACAAUUCUCAACGGAUUUUUGUUCAAACUUUCACAGAAGCUUUGUCAUCAAGUGCCCUGGCGCAUAUUGUCAGGGUUUUGUGAUUGGAUAAUAUUUGACCUAAUUAUGGCCCUUUGUUUUUUUUCCUUAUACAGAAUAUAUAGUGAACAAUUUCUAUCCUGCGCAACUUCUCCUACAUUUCUCAACAUAUUUUGACCAAACUUUCACAGAAGCUUUGUUAUCAAGUGCCUUGGCGCAUAUUGUCGGGGUUCUGUGAUUGGAUAAUAUUUGACCUAAUUAUGGCCCUUUGAUUUUUUUUCCUUAUACAGAAUUAUCAAUAUAUAGUGAACAAAUUCUUCUGUGCUGACUCGUCCUACAUUUUUCAACGGAUUUUGUUCAAACUUUUACAGAAGCUUUGUCAUCAAGUGCCCUGGCACAUUUUGUCGGAGUUUUGUGAUUGGAUAAUUUUUGACCUAAUAAUGGCCCUUUGUUUUUUUUCCUUAUACAGAAUAUAUAGUGAACACUACUCAUUGGCAAUUCCUCCUACAUUAUUCAUGUUUUACAUUGCACAUAGUUACAUUGUUUGUUGCUUGUAUUUGUGUUUCAAAUACAACAUAUUUAUCUACAAUGGUGAUAAUUGAAAACCUGGUUUCAUGGCAUUGCCAUGUUUCUUGUAAUUAAUUUUUUCCUAGAAAGAUUUUCAUGUGAAUAUGUAUGUAUUCAUUAAAUAUAAUAAAUAUAAGUUAUAUUAAGAAAUAGGUAAAACAUUCUUUUCAUAUUAUUGAUAUAUUAACCUAAUUAUGAUAAAGCCACAUUUAUUUAAUUAUAAAAAAAAGUUAAGGGAGAAAAAAAAUACAGUGGUCGCGCUUGAGAGUCUGCAGUUUUAAUAAUAAUUAUCUUAGCUUUGUCAUUAAUAGUUUUUCUGUGGCGGCUAAUUUUUUUUUGAGAUGCUCUUGGUAAUUGUUGUUCAUUAACCAAUAUGCAACUGCAAUAACUGCCAGUGUCUGAAUAGAUUUUUCUACACCAGUCUUUUACUAAAGCAGUGUCAAUAUCAAGGUUUCUAUUGACAUCACCCUUGUGAAAAUUUUCUAAAAUUGAUGAAUGUUUUUUGGAGGAUUAAAAGAUGGACAAGUGUGUUUAUUAGUGUUAAGGGUUAAAGAGUGGGUAAUAUAUUUAGAUUUAAAGGGAUACUCAGGCAAAUUAAUGACAAAAUUUUUUUUUAAAAAUUAAAAAUUAUCUUAUGUACUCAAAUGAUGCUAAAAUGACAUUUUUAAAGUCUCAGCAUGAAUUUCUGUAUAAAUUUUAUAUAAUUUGGGUUUGACCUGUAAAUAUAUAUAUUAAACAAAGUUUUAAACAAGUCAUGUAACUUGAACAAACCUUUGAAGUUAAAAUAUCAGAUAUUGUAUGAUUGAAACAAGUCUUAAGUCAUUCAUUUAAAAUGUUCUUUAACGUUUCCAGAAUUCACUGUGACAACUAUUGUUAAAUCUAAACGUACUAACCUGACCCACGUGGGUCACAUUAGGAAACAACCAUUUUGUCCUUAUAAGGAGAAAAGUUUUGUUCCUGUGACUGCCUAGUGUAUUUAUUUUGAGGACAUUCACAGAGUAAUGAAUGAAAAAUGCAAAAAAUCCCUUUAAACACAAACCAAUUUCUGUCAUCUUGAAAAAUUAUUUUAAGACACAUAAUUUCAUUUUACUGUCAAAUUUUUGUGUAAAGUUUCCUUAAAAUGAGUAAAUUGAUUUUUUAUUUUCUCACAUUACAGAAAGAGUUAUAGAAAAAAAAAAGAAAAUAUGUUGCAUAUAAUGUAUGUGUAAUGUAUUUAUUAUUUUCUGGAAAUUAUUAUUGUAUGAAAAGUCUAGAAUUUCCAGCACUAUUUUAUUGAUAUUUCAGUUGAUACAUUUGUUAUAAAGAAUAUUUGAUAUACAUAUGUUUAAAUCCUGUUACCUAUUUUUACUUUUUCUGAUAUCAAAAGAACAUUGUCACUGGACAUAAAAAUUGCAAAAUAUUUUGUUAUUAAUAAACACCAAUUUCCUCAUAAAGUCCUCUCAUUGUGUAUGUAUGUUUUGCUUCAUGAGCUUUGAUAUGGGACUUUGGCAGUGACCAAGAUGACAUGCUAUACAGAAGAAAAAUUUAUUGUUUUCCAGUAGCUAGUUUGGUUAGGGUAAUAUUUUAUUGAUUUUACAAGGCUAUGAGCAUGUUGAAUGUCAUAUUCCUGCUAAUUUGCAAUAUAACGGCAUAGUAGCUGGUCUUGAAAUGCUGAUGUAUUUCUGGAUGAUUUUGUAAAAUAAGAAAAAAUACAAAGAUUUUUGAUCGUUUUGUUUGUCACAAUGUCUUUGGCAAACAUUUUUGUAUUUUAUGUUAUUUACCUACCAUAAAUACGUGUAAAGGCUUGGUAAACUGUUAAAAGACUAAGAAAGUUCUUGUGUUUAUAAAUUAAUUUAUGUGCAAUAUAAACUGUGUACACAUUCCUUCAUCUGUUACGGAUUUGUGUUUUUUUUGUACCAAUAAUUUUUUAUAUCAUAAAAUGAUUUCUGUAAAAAAAAUAAAGUGACAAGGUUAGAUUGAUUUGUUUGUUCACUUUACAACAACUUAAAAAGUAAAAACCAUUUUCAAAUCUUUCAAAACUAAAUGUGCUGGAAUCAAUGAUCUGGAAGAAACAGAAAAAUAUAACAAAACUGAGAUGAAGUAAUGACAAUUAUGACAAAAAGAUGAAAGUGAACAAUUUUUUAAAAUAAUUAGUAUUCACCAUAAUAAAAACAUAUUGAUAGAGUUGAAGAGCUAUGUUAAACAUUUUUGUUUUGAUAGUUAUCAUUUUAAAUUAUAUAUUCAUUAUGUAUACCAAUUAUUCUUAGAUUUUGAUUAAAAUAUUAAUACUACCUGUA